AUGUGCGAGGUAGCGUUGGAGCCCAACGUCGUCAGCUACAAUGCUGGAAUCAGCGCGUGCGAGAAUGGCGGAAACUGGCGUCUGGCGUUGUCGAUGCUCAGUGAAUUGCAAGAGGCAGCCUUGGAGUCCGUUCGCAUCACGUACAAUGCUGCAGUCAGUGCGUGCGAGAAAGGCGGGCGAUGGCAACACGCGCUGUCGCUGCUCGGCGAGAUGCGGAGAGUGAAGCUUGAGGCUGGUGCCAUCAGCUACGAUGCUGGAAUCAGCGCGUGCGGGAAGGGAGUGCAGUGGCAGCAGGCACUGUCACUACUCGGUGCGAUGCAGGGAGUGACACUGGAGCCCGACACCAUCAGCUACAACGGUGGAAUCGGCGCAUGCGAAAAGGGCUGGCAGUGGCAGCAGGCACUGCUGCUGCUGAGCGAGCUGCGGGGAGCGGAGCUGGAGCCAACGGUUGUCAGCUGCAACGCUGGCGUCAGCGCGUGUGAAAAGGGCAGGCAGUGGCAGAGAGCCUUGUCGCUGCUCGGGGAACUCCUGCAAAUGCACUUCGAGCCCCAGGUCGUCAGCUACAGCGCCGGCAUCAGCGCCUGCGAGAAGUGUGGUCAGUGGCAGCAGGCGCUGUCGCUGCUCGGCCGCCUGUUGAGAGCGAGCAUCGAGCUGGACUUCGUCGGCUACAGUUCUGGCAUCAGAGCGUGUGCGGAAGGAAGGCAGUGGCAGCACGCUCUGUGGUUGCUCGGCGGGUUGCGGAGGUCGGCACUGGAGCCUGACGCAUCUGGCUACGACGACGGGAUCACUGCUUGCGAGGAGAGCGGGCGCUUGCAGCAGACGCUGUCGCUGCUCAGCGAGCUGUGA